AUGAAACCUCUCUCUCGGCUUCCAACUCUCCUCCGCGGAAACUCAAUCGUCGUCACAAACAACUCUGCUUCCGAGUUCUCGUAUCCGAACCAGAUCUCUUCCUCCAAAUCGCUUGAUUUCUCUCGCUAUAGCGAACUCGGUAACGGCGAACUCGGAAACGGCGAUUCAACUUUGGCCGAUAGUCUCCAUCCUUGUAAUGAGUUUACAGCAGGCAGUCGCGCUCUGUAUGGACCAUUGCGAAGCAAAGCAGCAGGACUUACAGGUGAUGAUAGCUGGUUCAAGACUGUAGUACUGGCUGGAGGAAGCGCUUAUUUACCAGGACUUGCAGAAAGGCUAGAGAGGGAACUGCAUGACGACCUUCCUUCAUCAAUAUGCAAUGGCGUCAAAGUUAUCCCUCCUCCUUGUGGUGUGGACACAGCUUGGCAUGGGGCAAAGCUUAUCAGUCAGGCAUUCUUAACCCUUUAG